GUGCCCAUUGUUUUGCCUGCUUCGUAUUGCUCUACAAAAUCGAACAAAGACUCUGCCCUGCGAAAUGCAAAACCCCCGCUAAACCGCCGCGAGUCUCUUCCUGCACGGCGAGCGCAAUGUCCUCCUCCGCACAUCUCGGUCGGAGCGUUUCCGGUUAUCUAUCCUCUGAUGGAAAACAUCUCCCUUGUUCUGGAUUUUCUGGAAGAGUAGUCAGCGUGUCACCGUGUUCUUCUUUUGCUGUCUCUAGAGGCCAAUUUCAAAUCAAAUUGACAUCUUUAAAGUGCAGUUCUAGUAGAGCUUCUUUCCUAUGCAAAGCAAGUAAUAGUGGUCAGAAGAGAAACCCCGACUUCUCAAGGCACAAUAGGCAUGGUUUCUCUCGUGGACGGAAUAGGCAAACGGAAGAAAGGGAGAGCUUUGACAACCUCGAUGACUCUGAGAUGUUGUCUUCAAAGAAUGGUCCGCUGCUUUCUCUUUCUAGUUCUCCCAGAUCUCAGGCCACUGCAGUGCCAGGGCCAAGAGAGAAGGAGAUUGUUGAACUUUUCAGGAAGAUCCAGGCUCAGCUUCGAGAAAGAGCUGCCCUGAAAGAGGAAAAGAAAAAUGAAGCUACAAAAGGGCAAGGUAAAGAAAGUGAAACUGUGGAUUCCCUCCUUAAGUUAUUACGAAAGCAUUCAGUAGAACAGUCUAAAAGAAAAGGCUUUAGUGGUGGUAGCAGAGACCUCACUUUGGACCAGCCAGAACAAAAUGUUUCAUCCAAUGAAGAGAAAGGCUCAAGCUUCUUUGAUUCAAAUAGCAUUCUAGGAGACGAAUCUCAAGAUUCUAAUGCUACUUUAAGCAGGCCAGCUUCAAAGUUUCGACGUCAGUCUCCAAUUCCGAGGGUCAAGUACCAGUCUAUUAACUUUGGUGAUGACAGCUAUGACUCAACAUCAGUUGCCAACUUAAGCGGAAGUAAGAACAAGGACCAUGUUGAGAAACAUCCCGAGCCUUUAUAUGAGCCAGCAGUGGAUCCUGAGCCUGAGCUUGAACUUGAGCCAGAAGCAGAAACUGUUAUUUCGGAUGGAGGGGUUUAUGAUGAAAGGUUGGAUGCAGAAUCUUCAGAUGCUGAUGAAGCUGAUGACAACGAAAAUAUGGAUCAGCAAGGGCUGGUUGAUGAAACGGACUUGAAUGCGCUAAAGCUACCAGAGCUGAGGGCUCUAGCUAAAUCUCGAGGGGUUAAAGGGUUCUCCAAGAUGAAGAAAAGCGUUCUCGUAGAAUUGCUCAGUGCGAGCUCGGGCUGAGUCGAUUUCCUAUUCUCUGCAUGAGAAAAUAAUUUAGAGCAAGUGACCAGUUUUACCUUUUGAUACCUGAGAUGCUCCUUUUUGUUGUCCAGUCUUUUGGCGUAGUACCCACUUUAAAUUUUCGCGGUUUGGAUACUUUUAUGAUGAUUUCCAUUAGUCCUGGAUUCUCAGA